AAAGUGAAAGAAGGAACGUACUUUUAAACCUUAUGUUCUUCCUCGUCAGCUCUUCGUCAACAGUCGCGAAUUCUUCAGCACCUCUGAUCUGGCAGGAUUUCCUGAGUGAAAGGAAAUUCCUUAGAGGAUUUUCGAAUAUAAUGGCAACUAGGAUGCUUAAGAUUCUCUCUGCUAUGAUUGGAGUGUCAGCCAUCGGCUUUGCGAUGCUUGUGGAGCAGCUCGGAAGCGUCGUAGCGGUGACAAACAGCAUCUUGAAUGCCAUUGGUGGGUCCAUGACGGGUAUUUUCAUUGCUGGCAUGUUUGCCCCUUGGGUUAAUAUGAAGGGAAACAGAGAAAAAUAUCUAUGAUUUGAGUUACUGCUACACAGGAGUCAUUGGAUUGAUUAUAUACUACAUAGUGGCCUCCUUCAUCUCUGUCCUGACAGGUCCCCUAAGUCCCUCUGCCGUCG